AGAAAGCCAAAAUUCAUAGAGAAAGAUGUCAUACUUGUUGCCACAUCUUCACUCAGGAUGGGCUGUAGAUCAAGCUAUUCUUGCCGAAGAAGAACGUCUUGUUAUCAUUCGCUUUGGCCAUGAUUGGGAUGAUACUUGCAUGCAGCUACCCUGCAGUAGUAAACAAAAGAAAGGGAGCUUGGAGACGCUUGUAAUUCAACAGGUGACGAAUAAGUUUGGAAUUGAAGUCCUGCCGGGUGGAAAUUGAGAUGGAUGAGGUGCUGGCUUCGGUUGCAGAGACCAUAAAGAACUUUGCUGUGAUUUACCUGGUUGACAUCACUGAGGUCCCUGAUUUUAACACGAUGUACGAGCUGUACGAUCCAUGCACUGUCAUGUUCUUCUUCAGGAACAAGCACAUCAUGAUUGAUCUUGGAACCGGGAACAAUAACAAGAUCAACUGGGCACUUAAGGAUAAACAGGAGUUCAUCGACAUUGUUGAGACAGUGUAUCGUGGUGCGAGAAAGGGUCGUGGUUUAGUUAUUGCACCAAAAGAUUACUCUACCAAGUACAGAUACUAAGCAUCUAUAUAGGCUGUAUUUGGUUGCUGGAAUAUGAUGUACUUAAUGAUAAAGCUGUAUGAUUUAAGAACUGCUAGAACAAUAUCUAAUUGGACUGUAAAAAUUUGAUCAAGUAUGAUUUAUGAGAAGAUUCUUGAUGAGGCUUGAUUUGAAAUAACAAGCUGAUUCAUGAUUGCCUA